AUAGAUUUAUCUGUUACUCUCACAAAUUCUGGCAUGGAACCCAACAUUGGUGAAUAUGUUCCACCAGAAGAAUCUUCUUCUGUUCCAAAACUAGUCAAACUAAAAAAAGUUUCAGAUAUACCUCUAAUUUUCCUAAUCUUUUAUGAGGUAUCAGGAGGACCAUUUGGUGUAGAAGACACAGUAAGAGCAGCAGGUCCAUUGCUAUCUCUUGUUGGUUUCUUAGUUUUUCCACCUAUUUGGAGUGUUCCUGAAGCCUUAUUAACUGCUGAAAUAGGUACAAUGUUUCAUGAAAAUGGUGGCUAUGUAGUUUGGGUUUCAUCUGCAUUAGGCCCUUUUUGGGGUUUUCAGCUUGGUUGGAUGAAAUGGCUUAGUGGUGUAAUUGACAAUGCUUUAUACCCAGUUAUACAAAAUCAAUCACAUAUCAUUGGAUAUUUUUAUGAUUAGAAAAAAUCAAGCACAUAUUAUGUGGCUCCAAAUCCAAAGGUUAAUAAUAUUCACUUAGCAUGUUUUGUUAGGCCUAUGCU